AUGGCGAAAAACAAUACACGACAUGCAGCAACCGAUUUGCGGCGCCCUAAAGCUGUCCGCAAACCUGCUCUACCAUCAGCCCCAAAAUCCAUCGACUUUCCCAUCGAUAAGCUCCCUGCUGAACUCGUACACAUGAUAUGUGUCUACCUUAAGCCGACAGAAAUCGCCAACCUCCGUCUCGUCUCCCGCCUCGCCGCUCCUAUUGGUCUACAGUACAUGGUUCCAGAAGUCCACCUAAUUCUCGCAAAAGACAGCUUCGAACAGCUCAAGACACUUGCUGAGCACCCGAUAGCCAGCAAAUGUGUCACUUCUUUCUUCUUCGAAGCCGACAAACUUGGCUUACUCCUCCGUAAACGCUGGGAGCACAUCGUUACUGGUCCACAAUACAUCGCACAAGUCGAAGAACUGCACAUGCGCCAUCCAUGCCCCCACGCCUCUGAUAGAAGCGUGCGGACCUUCAAUCGUGAGGCUAGCAAAAUGAGCGCAGCACCUCGCCAUCACUAUACCGAAGAGCAGAUGGACCAUGCCUUUGAACAUUACUGCGACUUCACCUACUUUCAACAGGGUUCUGAAGAAGCAGCUGUGCAAGAGAAGGAAGUGGUAGAGGCUAUGAAACAUUUCCCCCAUGUGAAAGAACUCACAAUGUCUACUCAGUGCUGCGCUCGGAUUCGUACCUCAAGGCUGAGAAAGACGUUCGAGCCAGCCUUCUGCACUUACUACGAAAUUGACAACCCUCGAGACACCAAGUUGGAACCUUUGGGCCUCCGGCAAAUGCGUUCCCUUUUGCUUGGAGCCUAUCAGGCCGGAUUGAAAGUGAAAGCCCUGCACUGUGGGGUAGUCAGUUGGCGGAUCCUCAAGCAAGACACCGAGACUUUUGCCCGCAUGAGGAACAGUGUGUCGAACCUCAAGAAUCUGAGACUCGAAUUCGCUACGGGCCUUGGACAAGAUGAUGAUUAUUCACUUGAAGAGCUCGAGAUUGAAUCAUGUGCCUCAUAUCUCGAAGCAGGACGACUCCGGGAUUUCGUCACCGCAGCGCCCAACCUCGAACACCUACGAAUCGGCUUCCAAUUUAACGAACCCACCUGGCCUACCCAUCUCAAGUACGUAGUCGGCGAGCACCACUGGCCCUCCCUCAAGACCUUCGAACUCAAAAUGAUCGCCACCAGCGAAGACGACCUCGUCUCCUUCUGCUCCCGACACGCCAGCACCCUCAAGUCCCUCUACCUCUCCAGCAUUGGUUUGUUGGAUGGAGACUGGUUCUCCGCGUUCAACAAGAUGCGCAAGAUCUUGACGCUAGACUCGAUGGUGGUGUUAGGACGUUUGGAGGGGCUGGACGAAGGCUUGGAUUUCGAAGUGGGUUCUGAGGAGUAUUGCCCCGAGCUCAAGGAGGGCAUCGAGGCGUAUUUCAUGGGGCCGUGUUCGAGUGAUAAAUCGAGCCUGGAUGAAUUCUUGGACUCCUAUUUGCCGAAUUCGGAUGAUACGUGGUCGGAGUGGGAUUCGAGUGAUGGCUGGUGGUAA